UUCUCAACGGCGAAGUAUCGGCGAAAGAAACUGAGAUAAAAAAAAAAUGGGAGUGCAAGGUCUUUGGGAGCUUCUUGCUCCUGUAGGUCGUCGUGUCUCCGUCGAAACCCUUGCCAACAAACGAUUAGCCAUCGGUAACAAUCUCCGGCGAUCGAACUCCAAUUGUAAUUUUUUUCUAUUUCCGAAUUCAAUUGAUGAUGUUGCUGUACUCUCGUUCGAAUUUGCAGAUGCGAGUAUAUGGAUGGUACAGUUUAUCAAAGCGAUGCGUGACGAGAAGGGAGAUAUGGUUCAGAACGCACACUUGAUCGGUUUUUUCCGAAGGAUUUGUAAGCUUUUGUUCUUAAGGACUAAACCGAUCUUUGUAUUUGACGGAGCCACUCCGGCAUUGAAACGCCGUACUGUUAUUGCUCGCCGUCGUCAGCGUGAGAAUGCACAGACUAAAAUCCGUAAAACCGCUGAGAAAUUGCUGCUUAAUCGGCUUAAGGAUAUGAGGCUGAAGGAACAAGCUAAAGAUAUUAAGAAUCAAAGACUGAAGCAGGAUGAUAGUGAUAGAAAGAAGAAACGUGUGUCCUCUGAUUCUGUGCAUGAUAAUUUGCGAGAUUCGGCGAAGAAAGAUGAUGUAGGGAGUAGUUUUUUUGUGGAGGGAAAGCUAGAUGAGAUAUCUCCAGCAUCUAUGGGUGGAGAAAAUGGUGUUGGUGAUGUCAUUAGAGAGUCCACGAAUGAUGAUCCCAAGGGAAAGGGCGUUUUGUUGGAUGAGGAUGAACUAGAUAACAAAAUGAAGUGUAAUCUUGAACAGGAUUCCUCAGUGCAGGGGAAGAAUUAUCAGGAAAAGUUGGAUGAGAUGUUGGCGGCAUCCCUUGCAGCAGAAGAAGAAGGAAACUUUAGUAGCAAAGCAUCAACUUCAGCUGCAGCAAUCUCAUCUGAGGAGGAGGACAGCGACGAAGAUGAGGAAAUGUUACUGCCAGUAAUGGAUGGGGAUGUCGACCCAGCUGUUUUGGCUUCUCUUCCUCCAUCUAUGCAACUUGAUCUCCUUGUUCAGAUGAGAGAAAAAUUGAUGGCAGAAAACCGGCAAAAGUACCAAAAGGUCAAGAAGGCCCCUGAAAAGUUUUCUGAAUUACAAAUAGAAGCAUAUCUUAAAACUGUAGCCUUCCGUCGGGAAAUAAAUGAAGUUCAGAGAUCUGCUGGUGGAAGGGCUGUUGGUGGAGUUCAAACUUCUAGGAUAGCUUCGGAAGCAAACAGAGAGUUUAUAUUCUCAUCUUCCUUUGCUGGUGAUAAAGAAGUACUUGUGUCUGCUAGAGAAGGAAGAAAUGAUGAAAAUCAAACGAAUACGUCACGACUGUCUUUGCCAGUCCCUGUUAAGAAUGCUUCCUCGCAGAAAAAAUCAGAUGCUACCAUUGAAUUGGAUAGAGAUGAACCUACAAAUCCUGAUGAAAAUAUUGAAGUAUAUAAAGAUGAAAGGGGGCGAUUUAGAAUAAGGAACAGACACAUGGGAAUCCAGAUGACACGUGAUAUCCAGAGGAACUUACAUUUGAUAAAAGAAAAGGAGAGAACAGCUUCUGGGUCUAUGGGUAAUAAUGAUGAAACACUCAACGCCUGGGAGAACUUUCCUACUGAAGACCAAUUUCUUGAAAAUUCACCUGUUGAAGAAGAUGAUGUUGUAAACCUGGAGAUCCAGAAUGAUGAUUCCAUGCUGCAAAAUCCAUCUUCAAUAGAGAUAUCAUUUGAACAUGAUGGUGGUGAAAAUGAUCUCAAUGACGAAGAUGAUAUGUUUCUUCAGUUGGCAGCAGGAGGACCAGUGACAAUCAGUUCCACAGAAAAUGAUCCUAAAGAAGACUCUUCACCGUGGGCUUCUGACAGUGAUUGGGAAGAAGUACCUGUUGAACAGAAUACUUCUGUUACUAAACUCGAAGUAUAUUCAAGUAAUCAGCAUAUCCCUAAGGAUAUUAGUAUUGAUGAGGGAGCAGCAAGGGAAGAAAAUAGUUUUGAAAAUGUCAGUAAUUCCACCGAGAAUGAUACAGUAACAAAGUACACAAAAGGCUAUUUGGAAGAAGAAGCUGAUCUACAGGAGGCUAUCAAGAAAAGUCUUCUUGAAUUACAUGAUAAGGAUUCCGGGGAUAUCCUUCUUGAAGAAAAUAAAUCAGUAAGGGUAAAUCUUGUUGACAAGCCUAGACAAGAUAGUCUUUGUUCUAAGGAAACCGUUGGUGAUGCUGAGGAAGAGGGAUUUCUGGACGAAAUAACAAUCUCGAAAACCAGUGGUGCUAUAAAUGAGCAGUCCAACACUUCUGUAGCUGAGAAUCCAGAUGGUCAGAAAGGGAUAACCAAACAAUUUGGUACACAUCCUACUUCCGGUUCUAAUAACUUUAGCAGUGUUGUGAGCAAUGAAUUGCCAAAGGUAAAAUCAGUUAUCUCACCAGAGAAAGCAUCUAAUGUUUCUAGUCAAAGCUACAUGCUGUCCUCUAUGGCUAAACAUCACAAUGAAGAAAGUUCUGUAAGUUUUGAUGGAGAAUCUGUCAAAGUGUCUGCUAUGCCCAUAGCUGAUGAGGAGAGAACUGGUUUUAUUGGUGACACAUCUAUUUGCGGUAGUGUCAAAAAAGGUAAUGCUGACAGUGACGCAUCGAUCAUGAUGGAUGAUAAGAGAGAUAGUAGACGCAAAGUCCAGAGUCCUGUCACUGAAUCAGAGGACCCUUUUAGUGAUGUCAUCAGAUCGCAAAUAGGAAUACUACAUGACACAGAUUCACAGAAUGAAAGAAGGGAGGAAAAUUACUCUAACGAGCACACUUUCAAUAUUGACAGUUCAACAUGUUUAGAAGAAAAAGACGUACCUGUUGAGUUUUCAGAAGCAAAUUUAGAGGAGGAAAUUCGAGUUCUCGACCAAGAAUUCGUAAGUUUAGGGGAUGAACAGAGGAAACUUGAGCGGAAUGCUGAAUCUGUGAGCAGUGAGAUGUUUACAGAAUGCCAGGAGCUACUCCAAUUUUUUGGCAUACCAUACAUCAUAGCUCCCAUGGAAGCAGAGGCACAGUGUGCAUUUAUGGAACAAUCAAACCUUGUUGAUGGCAUUGUCACUGACGAUUCUGAUGUAUUCUUAUUUGGAGCAAGGAGCGUGUACAAAAACAUAUUUGAUGAUCGCAAAUAUGUGGAGACAUACUUUAUGAAGGACAUUGAGAAGGAGCUAGGCUUGAGCAGAGAUAAAAUAAUCCGCAUGGCAAUGCUUCUAGGAAGUGAUUACACAGAAGGAAUCAGUGGUAUUGGUAUUGUCAAUGCUAUUGAAGUUGUGACUGCUUUUCCUGAGGACGAUGGGCUUCAGAAAUUUCGUGAAUGGGUUGAGUCACCUGAUCCAACCAUUUUAGGAAAGACUGAUGCAAAAACAGGUUCGAAGGUGAAAAAGCGUGGGUCUGCCUCUGUAGAUGAUAAAGAAAUCAUCUCAGGUGCCUCGACUGAUGACACUGAAGAAAUAAAGCAAAUCUUCAUGGAUCAGCAUAGAAAGGUAAGCAAGAAUUGGCAUAUUCCAUCGACUUUCCCUAGUGAGGCUGUUAUUUCAGCCUACUUAAAUCCACAAGUGGAUCGGUCGACUGAGACUUUCUCAUGGGGCAAGCCUGAUCUUUCAGUUCUUAGAAAGCUAUGCUGGGAAAAGUUUGGUUGGAACGGCAAGAAAACAGAUGAUCUACUACUACCAGUCUUGAAGGAGUACGAAAAGCGCGAGACGCAACUUCGGAUGGAAGCUUUCUAUUCCUUUAAUGAAAGAUUUGCAAAGAUCCGUAGUAAAAGAAUCAACAAAGCUGUCAAAGGAAUUGGCGGAGGUCUAUCGUCAGAUGUGGCUGAAGGUACAAAAAACCGAAAUAAGAAAAGAGUUGCUCCUCGUGAAACUGAAGAUAACAACACUUCAGAUAAAGAUUCACCUAAAGCUGAUGAGAAAGUGAAAAACAAAAAGAAGUGCUUAGAAAAACCAUCUAGUAGUAGAGGCAGAGGCAGAGCCCAGAAAAGAGUACGAGGAAGAGGAAGAGGAAGAGUCCAAAAAGAUCUCCUUGAGCUAUCAGACGGCACUUCUGAUGAUGAUGACAAGGUAGUAGAAUUGCAGGCAAAACCGAGCAAUCUUCAAAAAGUGCGAAGGUCAACACGAUCUCGGAAUCCUGUGAAGUACAAUGUGAAAGAAGAAGAUGAAUUGAACGAGUCAAGAAGCCAUGGAGAAUCCCCUAUUGAGAUUUUGGAAGAUAAUGACGAAAGCGGAAUAGGAAAUGUCUCUGCAGAAAGAACACAGAAUGAAACAACCAUCGAUGAGGCAUCAAUCAACAACUGUCCUUCUGAAGAUUAUAUUCAAACGGGAGGUGGGUUCUGUACAGAUGAAGCUGAUGAGAUUGGAGAUGCUCAUUUGGAAGAUAAAUCUACCGAUGAUUACAGAGUGAUUGGUGGCGGAUUCUGCGUAGAUGAAGACGAAACAGCAGAGGAAGAUGAAAUCGAGAGUGAAGAACGGAAAAAGAAAGGUAAACGUCGAAACGAAGAAGAUAAUGCAUCAGUAGAGACAAAUAUUGAGAUUGAUUUUGGGAACUCUUCAGUUGGAGGAGGAUUAAGUGCUAUGCCUUUCUUGAAGCGAAAGAAAAGGAAGAGCUGAAACAAGUUAGUAUAUGGUUAAGUAGGAAGUAAAAUGUUUGACAAAAUUAACAAACAAUGUGAAUAAAAAAUCUUGAAGUAGUAACUUUUGGUAUUUGGAAAACGAUGAAGGUAAAUUUUUUUUUCUUUUUUUAGUAUUAACUAUUUCAUGUUUGUUUAGCCAACUUUGGCACGUUUCGUGUACACUUGAUCUGAUUGUUCUAAUGCUAUUUAUGUAGCAAUUGUCCUUUUAAAUGGUCAUUA